AUGUUUCGCCGUCUCGAAUCUGGUCUUCCCAAAGACCCAGUUUACCCAGCUGAUCUUGCAGGCUUGGGGUACUUCAUCAAUGACAAAGAUGAGAUCAGGAGCAUCGAGAACCCGAAAGCCUACUUCAAGUUCUUCCUUACUAGGAAUGACCGCUACAACAGCCUCCAGCGCGAGGCCAUGAAUGAAGCUAUUCGCAACAUCAUCUCCGAGCGGCUUAUCAAACUUGGUCUUCAGAAGAUCCGCCUCCCUCUCGGAGCCGCAGAAACCGAACCCCACCUCCCCAUCUUCACAUCCUCCGACCUCAAGGCCAAGAAGCGGGUCAUUAUCCUCUUCUAUGAGCAUAACCAAGAUCUCGGUGUCUUGGCCCACCGUGUCAUCGGCGGCAAAGGAGGAAUCAACGCGGGAUCCGUGAUCGACAUGGUCAAGUACAUCGAAUCCCUCUGUACAUCUGAAACGGACGACGAGUGCCCCCCCGGUAUCAUACUUGCCAAUAUGGGACAGUUAAGAUGGUGGCGGCGGGGAAAGAAGGCCGUUACCCAAACGUCGUGGUAUGCCCUCCCGCAGAAGAGCGCCGUUGACGUCCCGUUCACGUUCGACUCCGUGAAGAACACCAUCCCCGGGAACAGAAGCACAGCCGAGCACGUCGAUUACAUAUUCAACAACGUAGUGAAGGAGCUGGCCGGACCGGCCGCAAAACUAGAUGUGAUAGGCGUCUCGGAAGGCGCGGUGCAAGUCGCGACGUUCUUGGACGAUGAGGAGAAUUGGAAGACGUGGCGUGCGAGGAUCGAGGGCUUUGCUGCCGUGGCAACUUACUAUCACGCGUACGAGAUCAAGAAUCAGGCGUUUAAGAAUUGGCUUCGUGAUCUAUUAUUGCAGCGAGGACGGGCCUACAUCACAUCCCCGGAGCCCUGCGAGACCUUCCUUGCUGGGCCUGAGGGUGGUCGUAGAAUUGAUGCGUAUGGCUGUCCGGUCUUCAGCUUAGGGGAACCGUACUAUAGCGAGAUGAUGCUGCCGAAGGGGUACAAGACCAUUAUUGAUUGGUUCCAGGAGCUCGCGGCUGAUCCCAACUAUGCAAAUCCCGAAUUUCAAAGAUAUGAUGAUGAAGAUAGUGAUGUUGAGGAGGACUCGCAGGAACCGGGUAUUGAGCUGAACCUAGCCAAGGCUUAA